AUGCUGGCAUCCGCAAAAGACACUUUCUUCAAAGCUGCGAACAGCACUAUUCAGUACGCAAAGGAAAACCCUGGGGCAGCAGCGGCUAUGGGAACAGCCGGUAUCAUGAUAGCCGCGCCGGUUUUGAUCGCUGCGCCAGCUGCUGCGAUAGCUGGUUUUGGGGCGAACGGAAUAGCAGCAGGUCAGAUGGCACUAUGUCCCGGUUCUCGCACAUAUUCUAACUGGAAUGAAGGAUCUGCAGCUGCAGGUAUGCACGCAGGUAUCGGCAAUAUUAUUGCACACAGUACCUUUGCAACACUCCAAAGCUACGGGAUGGCUGGGUACGGAGUUCCUAUCGUUCACGGCAUCGUCCAGGCUGCUGGUGUAGGUCUGGGUGCUGGAGCUGCUUACUCUGAAGCGAAAGGGGAUUCCAAGUGUGACGAAAAGAAGUCCUCUGAUGGCGGCAGUAACUCGAAAGACAGCAAGGGAGGAAAGAAGCUGUAA